CCUUCUUUUAAAUAUCAUUAGUCCGUUUUUAAAAAAACCAAAACAACAAAUUGGCGUCGAGGAGAGAGUGGUUAUAACUUUCUUCUUCUUCUUAAUUGGCGUAGACACCGCUUACUUACUCGGCGACGGAGUCUCUGUCCCACCACGAAUCCCACACCAAACUUGCGCUCCUUUAUAUGGCCACUGUAGUAAAUGUCAUAAGGACCUACUCGUCUCUGUCCUUGUCCCGUCCAUCGCAUUUCUUGGACGGCGGUGAUAUCAGCCUUUAUUUUCACGAGGACAUCAACCAGCUGGGCAGCGGCACCAAUUAAGGGACCGGACAUUUCAGGUGCAUGCCCUGAUAUCGUUGUCCUUAUUUCGUUUGCCAUGGUCGUCAUCAAAAGAGGGGUUUCUCAUCCGAGGCUGUUUGUCGUUUUUCAUUGGGGUAGGCUUUUUACGUGGCGGGUCCCAAACCCAGCGCACAACCCUAUGCAGGGGAUGUUUCGCCUUCUCACUUUAGCUCACCUUCGAACGGAUGUUCUUAGGCUACCCAGAGGAUACUUGGUCAAAGACCGGAAGUCGUGAGCUGCUUGAGUCAUAUGUAAAAGAAUCGUUUCUGGGCACUCCCAAGUGAAUGGCGAUCAGAGAACUUUCCUCACUUGCGUGGACUUCUACACAUGACCCCAUCCUCCUUUAAUGUAAGUAAAACAAUCCUUGAAGUACAUAUAUUCAUUUAAUUGUAUUCUCAUUUAUUUUUGAGGUACCUCGCUUAUGGAACACCUUUUGAGAUCAUAGCCUCGAUGCAUAAAUUAGGGAAAACAACAGUGCGGAAUAUCGUACUUGAAACGUGUGAAAUAUUUUGGUUACACCUGUGCCCGAUAUACCUUAGCGAGCCAACUACCGCACAAUAUAAAGACAUUGCUGCAGAUUUUUUUAAAACUGUGGAAUAUACCCAACUGUGUCGGAGCAAUUGACGGGAAGCAUAUAGCUAUUAUUCGUCCACAAAAUUCAGGCUCGUUAUUUUAUAACUAUAAAAAGUUUUAUAGUAUAGUUUUAAUGGCAUCCUGCGAUGCUAGGUAUACGUUCACCUCUGCCAGCAUUGGUAGCUAUGGCGGACAAAGUGACGGAGGUGUCUUUCAGCAAACUAAAUUUGGUCAAGCACUCUUGGAAAACAAAUUCCCACUACCACCAAGAGCUCCAUUAUGGAAUGAAUCCUCAACAGAUUUGCCACAUUUUUUUGUGGCCGACGCAGCGUUUCCAUUGAAGGAAAACUUAAUGCGACCUUACCCCGGUGCACAGCUGCCACGAAACAAAGCAAUUUUCAAUUACCGGUUAUCCCGAGCUCGUAGAGUAAUCGAAAAUAGCUUUGGUAUUUUAACUGCUCGAUGGCGUGUUCUACGAAAGCUAAUAGACUUUAGCCCAAAGAACUGCGAAAAAAUUGUGUUAACCUGCUUGGUUCUUCACAAUUUUGUAAUGUUGAAUGACCAUGAUCGUUGGUAUUGUCCAGAUACAUUUGUAGACACAGACACCGCAGACCAUGGAAUAUUGGAGGGAGAAUGGCGUGAAGAUUUAGAGAGUGUUGGAGGUGCAUUACAUCCAAUAUGUACAACUCGACGCAAUGCAUCUAGUUUCGCAUUCCGAGUAAGGGAUUUUUUGGCAGAUUAUUUUAUAAAUCAGGGAGCGGUUUCAUUUCAAGAAGAUCGUAUUUAGUGUAUAGCAAUGUUUGUGUAUUUCAUGCAUUUGAAAUAUGUAUAUACAUAUUUUUAUGUAUAAAAUUGUAAUCUAAGUACCUUUAUACUAUACUUUUUGUUACGUUAAC